AUGAGUCGCGGCCGGAUCGUGCCCCGCCCGGAGCCGACGUGCUCGCCGUCCACGGGCGAGCACUAUGUCGACGCCUCGGGGGGUGAUCUCCAGGUCGAUGUGUUGAACUGGACGCUAGCCAACGACGGCCUCGCGCCCAAGUCGUGGACCGACUACCUCUACUUGUCGGUCGGCAGCACCCUCUCCAACGCCGGCGUAAGCGGGCAAGCCUUUCACCACGGACCUCAGAUCAGCAAUGUCCACAAGCUCGAUAUGGUCACAGGCAAGGGCGAGCUGAUAACAUGCUCAGAAGAGCAGAACUCAGAGCUGUUCCAUGGAGUUCUCGGUGGUCAGGGACAGUUUAGGAUCAUCAUCAGAGCCCGGAUUGCACUGGAGACAGCUCCUCACGGGGUGAGAUGGAUCCGAGUACUGUACUCCGACUUCGCGGCCUUCACCAGAGACUAG